UGUUGAAGGAAACUAUGGGAUUAGUCUCUAUUCUUCCUAGAUACUGUUUCUUAUGUUGUUCCUCCCUCCUUUAUUAGUCAGAGAAAUGCACCUUAAAAUAAUACGGUCACCUAAAAACAGUGAGAAGUAUGGCAGGCCAUUUUUACUCAACCUUGAAUUCUUAUUGAAAACAAACAUAUUGUGGUGAGGCAGACCUUUCUUGUCCUAGGUUCCAAACCACCAAAUAGUCCUCUACAAUGCAAAUUUGGCACUUCAUAGCUAAUAAGACAAUGCAACUCUUAACAAGCUGAAAGAUAAGCCUCUGCUUAUGUAAAAAGUGUUGAGCCAAACUGGAAAUUUCUUCCCUUUUGGUAACACUGCAGGCUCUACCCUAAGGAUGGUUUCCACUGGUUGAAAGCCAGCUGGUGAGACUUAAACCUUCCAACUGGGUAGUUCAGCCCUCCCAAUGCCUUAUCAUGGGGUCAUGGACCAGGCAAAGCAGCAGGUCUCUCUUCUGGAUCCUCUCCCAUCCCUUCCAAAAUAUGUUUGCUCUCAUGGUCAGCCUGAAAAACUUGCGUGCAGAGACCUUGAUGGAGUUUCAAAGGCUUCUACCCCUGCUGCCCUCCCAUCAAAUCUUUCUAGUGUCUCUUCAGAAUCCAAUAACACAGGCUCUUGGAAAGUCAGCAGAGUGAAUGCCUGGUUCACUCACUACACACAGUCUCAUUAAUCACUGAUUCCUUCCUACACUGAUUCAUCUGUAAUUACACAAUAAACUAUACUCAAGAGUUAAGUGUAGAUUGAGUGUGGGCUGUCAUUGAACCCUGGGUUGUUCUUGAAAUUUCAGUUACUAUGUUGUGAACCCAGCUGGGAUAUCACAAUCUGUGGUGAACAACCCAACAUUCACAAGAAUAUGUUUGCAGGAGAGAAGGACUAGAAUGAAUGAGGCCAUCUAGAAACCUUAAAAUACAUAGAAAUAAAAGAAGGUAAGCACAAGGACAUGUGUAGCUGUUAAUUUGGUAAUCCACAAGUUUAAGUACUUAGGAUUCAUUGCAAGAAGUGUGAAUGAAUCUCAUCACAUCUAAUUUUUUCACUUGAGAGUAAGCUCAAGAGGUUUGAGCAGGCAGGAACAGACUUCAUUGAGGUAUAAUCUUAAUUUGACAUUGAGUCUAAAUCUCAAUGUCUUGCUGAUUUUUUUGUAGGAACUUAUUAUUCAUUGCUCUUUCCACAUUUGUGUGCUUUUCUUUCAAGCAGCUGUAACCUAGGAUAUGGCAACAAACAGUGAUAACAACAAUUUGUGGAUCACUUGCAAUCAAGCUUCAUGCUCUGAAGAGGAACAGCCUUUGCCAAGCCAAGUUCCAGGGACAGAACAGUCACGGGAGUCUUCCUCCUGCCUCAGUGCUACAGAGUGGCAGCUGCGACGCUAUGGCAGAUUUAUGCCUGGUGCCCUGGGCACUGCCUCAGGCUCCUGGGAGGUCUUGGAAUCCAGCAAAGAAUCUGGUUUUCUUGUUCUUACCAUAGUUAUUUCAGGCCACUUCUUCAUUUCCAGAGAAAAGGAAGUAUUGGAAGGUUUUUCUUUGAUUGAUGCUUCUCAAUGGCUGAAGAUAGUAAGAAGUGCAGAUUGCAUGUUGUUUGGUUCAAAAUUAAAGAAUAAACAACGUAUGUUCCGUGUCCAGUUUAUGGGAGACUCCAAAACACAUGCAGAGGAGCACUGCUGUCAGUGUAUGCAGAAGCUUGCUGACUAUGUUCCGCUUCAAGAAAUGGAUGCUGCAAGACAGGAACUGCGACAAGGGCACAGCCUGACGCUUGAUGGAGAAAGUCAGCUGAAAGAUGCUGAGCAAAAUGUACCCAUGCAGCAUAAUGCUGAAAAUGUAUCUCCAGCACAGGGACGACUAUCUGUCUCAGAGGUAGCACAGUAUAUACGGACAACAAACAUUGAGCUUCCUUUUGCAUAUCAACAGUCUAUGUGGAACGCUGAAGAUUUAGGCAGCUUUAUUCACUUGUGUCUCCUGGAUAAGAGCUUCCCAGCAUUUGUGGAAGAAGUGGAGAAGCAGUUGAAAAAAAUUACGGAUGGUUAGGAAGUGGAGUAUUAAAAAUGUAGUAUCAAAAAUAAAAAUAUAGAAUUUGAAAAAUG